AAGGCUGGAGAGAUUCUUAAAAAAUGUCAAUAAAUGUCAGUUUUACACGGUGAUUGUUUUGAAAUCACGAUUCAUGGAUGAUCUGCUGUGAUGAAUUUAGUAUGAUCAUAUGAUCAGGAUAAUCUGGUUCUAAUAGAGUGGUGUACUAUUCAAGGAAGAAAAUGUAUGUCCUUAAGCAUGCCUAAGUAUAAAUCCUUUUCUCCAUUUAUGGCGGUCUCAAUUAAUGUAUGAUGUCUGAUGUAGCCUGGCCUGUGCCAUUUGUUUUUCAAAUUUUGUUUUCUCAUCAACAAUUUGAUAAUAGAAAUUGAAACUUAGGCUGGCUGUAUUCUUUUGUUUGUUUAAUUCUCCAAUCAUCAUCAACACAUGCUGUUUUCUCAGCUUAUAGUGAUAGUAAUAAAAUAUUGCAUCUCAUGAUUCAAGCCUGGGAACCAAAAUAACAUUCAUAAGUAAAGACAUUUGUUAUAGUCCCAUACCUGGAACCAACCAAGUACAAAGUACAUUGUAGUAUCUGAACACCAGUUUGGUGAGUAUCUACAUAUUAUGAUCUGUGUACAGUGAGCUAAUUGUUUAAUAUCGGUUAAGUGUGUGUAUGAAGUUCUUGGGGAUGUGAUUUGAUAGUGGUGAUAUCUUAUGCACCUGGAGUUACAUGUUUACUUGGAAAUAUACAUAUUCACGCUCAUGGUUUGUUCAAUUUUGUUUCAGUGACUUACGAUGUAGAAUCUAACUCGCAUGGUAUGAUGACCAGUUUCCUGAUGGGUUGGGCACAGGACUGGAUCUUCUUUAGUGGUAAUGUCCAGACCACCACUAUCGCUAUAGCUAUUACAAGCUCCAUCUGUUGUAGUUUGAUUUGGCUUCUAGUCAAUCUUGCCUCGGGUAAUGAUGAUGAGAAGAAGCGAGGAUCUCAGGGAGGACCUAGUGGAAGAGGAUGCCCAAUGGUAACAUUUCACUUGCGCAGGAGCCUAUCUUGCGUCCCUAGGCAGUCUGGCUUGAAGCAGUUGACAAGGACAACUUCUCAUGGUACAAAUAUCUUCCAAAAUUCAGAAAAGGCUUUUAGGAUUUCAUGUGCUAGAUGUGGCAAGAGCACAGUUGAUAAAGAGUGCCAGUUAGGCCUGUGUGAACUUUGCUGUGGCCGCACCCUUGUGAUCUGUAAAUUCCACCCAUCAAAGACACGGAAUGGAUUAGAUCCUCUAUCAGAUGAACGACCUACACUUCUCAAUCUAAGCUUCUUAGACCUGAGUUCCUGUCCCACCAGAAUAGGGUACUUUGGAACACAGCUAGUCAGCCUCAAUCUCUCCUCAAAUAAGUUGACUUCAUUGCCAGAUGAAAUUGGGCUGCUGCUUGGUCUAGAAGAACUCUUUCUUCACUUUAACAUGAUCACAUAUUUACCAGGAAGCAUAGGCAACUUGACAAAACUAAAAGAAUUAGACUUAAGAUGCAACCUUCUUGAAAAGAUUCCAGAGUCAUUUGGCUGCCUGCAGAAGUUGAAGUACUUGAAUGUAAUGGAGAAUUCCCUCACAACUCUACCAAGUUGCAUAGGCUCAUUAGAAAAGCUGAAAGAGAUCAAUUUACAAAAUAAUGAAAUCCGCUUAUUACCAGAUGAGCUCUGUAAUCUGAUAAACUUACAGUGUUUGUACAUAGCCGACAACAAAUUGACUUGUUUGCCGAGUGAUCUUGGUAAUUUGGUGCGCCUAGCAGAGAUUGACAUAUCAGAUAAUCAGCUAGUGUCCUUGCCACAUCAGAUCUGUAGAUGUACGUCUCUGGUGAGAUUAUGGGUAACUAACAAUAGGUUGUCCUCCUUACCUGCUCAGAUAGGCCGUCUGCAUAGACUGAGUGAGCUCUACCUCGGCAACAACUCUCUACAAUAUUUGCCGGGAUCUAUAGUCUACUUGUUUUUGAAUGUACUUAUUCUGAUGCAGAAUCCACUGAUAAAAGAAGAGGAGUACAUACCGCAUUCCUGUGUCUAUAAUCAGUCACCCCCUUCAACCAUUCCCUCCCUGUUGGAAAUGGCUGCCAGGUUACUGUCUCGAUCCACAGUUCAAUGGAAAGAGGAAAAUCUACCCAGAUCAUUAAAAAAUUAUCUUCAGGAGGGCAAGCAGUGUGAUAGCUGUGAUCGUCCACUCUUUGAUCAUUUUACAUCCAAACUGACAUUCCACACCAUGGACGUGGUAGGAUUGCGAAUUCCCCUGUAUCAGAUGAUUUGCUCACCGCGUCAGUGUUCCUUUGUUGACAUUCCGGGGUAAAUUUUUUGACAGCAGAUGCCAUCAUGCCAUGAGGACAUUAUUUAAAGUCGUGUGAUUCUUUACUGGGAAUUAUCGUUAGAAUAGUGUUGCAGUAUUUCAUGUACUCUAGGUUUUCCCUGACAUUAGAAACAUAGAGGAAUAUGGUCAACUUAAUUUUCUUGACUAUCGACAUAAGCCUAGCCCAGUCUUGGUGGACAUGUCAGUCUUCAAAUGUGACAUGUUACAUUGUACAUGUAGACCUGGGCUUGUAGGUGGUUUCUCCUGUAUUGUACAAAACAAUUGUUCAUAUUCAUGAAUUCAUAUCAUGUCAGCUGUUUAUUUAUUUAUUUUUUCAUAGAUAUUGAUGGGCUUUAAGUUCAGUGAUGUUGACAUCAUUCUAUUAAUAGAAUUUUUUACUGAUUUUGAAACUUGUGUGAUUGCUAAAUGCAGCUGAUUGGAGUACAAGAAUUUACCCACCUUACAUGUAGUACUGUUCUGGUACAUGUAGCUAUGGUUAUUUGUCAGAAAGGAGUUGUUUAGAGAAUUAUGGUUGUUGUUGUUGUCGGUUUUCAACAGGACAAAAAUAAAUAUGACCUCAUGUUUUACUUGGUAAACUAUGAAUGUACGUUAAAUGUAAAAGUGCCUUAAGAUUGCGCUGUAAGAAACUAGGGUUAAACCAUUGAGAACCUUUAUGGGGGUUGGAAUAAAUUGGAUCUUGAAUCAGAAACAACACUAGAGUAGUUGAGGUUGUUGUAUUGGAUGCCUUCUCGAUUUUGCAAGACUACCCUGGUAUAACCAAGGUUCUGUUGGGCAGAUUCUGAACAUGUCAUGUAUCAGCAUUUUUAAAAGAUUUUUCGAAUGUAAAUUGGAAUUGAGUAGGAAUAUGACAUAUCCUUGCGUCUUCUGUGUUCGUAAGUCCCUCCCAGUCCUCAAAGGCUUCACUUGGUGUGAAUUUCUAAUCUUAUUGCAGGCAUAUUGCUAUUACUGCCAUUAUUUUGUUGUGUACAUGUAGAUGCGUGCUACAGUAGUCUUUCUAUGGCAUGAUUUUUGGUUUGUAUUAUACACCAUAUGAUCAUCAGUACCUUUGUUCCCUGCAACCUUUCUAGAUAGUGAUAUGAAGGGAGCUAGAUGUAGGUUAUGGACAGAAUACCUCCGAUUGUUCAGAAUGCGAGUAGGAUCAUGACUGAAGUUAUUAUCAGUAUUUUCAGGAGGUCUUACAUGUACCUGGUACAUCUAUAAGUAGAACAUAAAUGUUCGCCACAUACACUUGUAUUCUGAUUUUACCUGUUUCUUGUAGUUUUACACUACCUUGAAUUUAUACUGCCUGUAAGAGAUGUCAGAUAGCUGUAAAGUUUGUUUGCCAAAGAUAUUGGUUAUCACAACCUCGUAUUUAUCCUUAUUAUGUUGUAAUAAGUGGCCAUUAGAAUAUUGAAAUUGUUUUCAUGUUGUUUUAUUAAACAUUAUAUAAAUUAUUGUAA